CGCGUUCGGUUUCGUCCUUUCUGGCAGUCUCUUGUUGUCCAGGAUCCACGUGGACUAGUGGCGUAACCGCCAUCGGUGCCACUUCACCGGUUCCGUUUGAUUUGUGGUCAGAGUAAUAGUGGAGUGGGUCACCUUAGUGAACGUGGUCCCUUACUACCUGUGGCUUUGGAUAGCGCACGGUGUUGAGUGCUACUCUAUCUAGUGUCUGGCAGAGGUGAUUCCACAGCGGAUUUGACCGUCACACUGACGUGUGACUCUUGUGGCGGUGGUUGAGGUGGAUUAGCAUACCGGCAGUAACAGUCUACUAGCGGCGGCGGCAGUUAUUAAAGUUCAAUUUUGGAACGGAGAGAGGUCCUCGCCAAACGUCCAACCACAAUGAAGCCCAACAAUCUGGCCCACGUCGACAGUGCGUCGAUAAAAUCGAUCAGCUCCGAAGACAUCAGCACGGCAGCAGCGGCCGAUUGGCACGGGAAAGGAUGCUGUAGUGCUGAAGCGAAAAAUCCAGCCUUCAAACGAGGUCGCCAAAUUCAGCUGAUGCAGAUGAUCAUUCUACCGUUCAUUCCGAUCCUAGCCCUGAUAUUGCAAACUUCGAUCGAAAUGAUCGACAUCGUCAGCUAUCGGAUGGAGGCCACUGAAAUCGAAAGCCAAGUUACAAUGGCGACCGAUUUGGGUAAGGUCGUUACCAAGCUGCAGCUGGAGCGAUCCGAUGUGGCGUUCUACAUCUACACGAACGGAGGUAUGCUGCGACGCAAUUUGACCAAGGGAUUCCAAGAAACGGACCGCGCUCUAGAGAACAUGUCCUCGUGGCCUGAUCUGACGAUUGCUACGCUGAACGAUGGCAAGGUGACUUGGCUGAACAUGAGCGAGUUCAGGGCAGAGUUGACAGAGUUCAGGGAUAACAUUUCAUCGGACAACGGAGAGACCAGCAGGGUGCGGGACGUUUUGCAUUGGUACACCACGGUGAAUGGGGCUUUGUUGGAGCAUUUGACUAAUCAGAUCAAGGAUGCCAAUAAGAGUGGUGUUUGGCGAUAUCUGUUGAGCUUCAAGAACAUGCUGAAGAGUAUCGAGAGCCUGGACAUUUCGGCCAUGUACGGGAUCAUUUAUUACGGAAGAGGUGUAUUGAGGCCUGAACCAUACGUGAACUACAUUCAACACGAUAUCGUUGGAAAGGAGCUGCUAAAUGGGUCGUUGAACUACAUUCCGAAGCUGAAGGCGACCUACAAGGAGUUGACCCGGAUUAUGAAGGGCUAUGGAAAGCUGAAGCAAUGGGGUUCUACGAUCAGGAUGAACGUUAAGAAGCAACCGGACAUUUCGACGGCCACCGAGUAUUAUGAAGCCAUGGCGGCGUACAUCGAUGAGCUGCGGAAGCUGCAGGAUCGAAUUCGAUGGAUCAUCAGAGAAGAAGUCCAAAAAGUGCUAGACACCGCCGACCGCAUGGAAACUUUCGGCAUCGGAAUUCUCAUCGUGGUGCUCAUCGUGUCACCCAUCAUCAUCAUUCUGGUGCGGAACGCCGUCGCCACCAUCCAGAUGUAUGCCGUCAACUUGGCCCAGAAGGCGAAAGAACUGAAACGGGAGAAGCGCAAAUCCGACUCGCUCCUGUUCCAGAUGCUUCCCCCGACGGUGGCCACCCAGCUAAAACAGGCGCAAACCGUCCCGGCGGAAUACUACUCGGCCGUUACCAUCUUCUUCAGUGAUAUCGUGGGAUUCACCGAGAUAGCGGCAGUAUGUACGCCCAUGGAGGUGGUCUCGUUCCUGAACUCCAUCUAUCGGAUGUUUGACGAGCGUAUCGAGUUAUACGAUGUGUACAAGAUCGAAACCAUCGGGGACUCUUACAUGGUCGCUUCGGGCCUGCCGGUGAAGAACGGUGUACCUUGCGUUUGCGGGCUUUUCCACGUUACAGGUAACAAGCACGUGUCGGAGAUUGCAACCAUGGCGCUGGACCUGCUGGAAGCCUCCGGGUAUUUAAACAUUCCGCACAAGUCUAACGAGCCGGUGGAGAUACGAGUAGGCAUCCACACGGGACCGGUGGUGGCAGGAAUCGUUGGAACCAAAAUGCCCAGGUAUUGCCUGUUCGGAGACACAGUGAACACAGCAUCCCGGAUGGAGUCUACGGGCGAAGCUCUCAAGAUCCACAUUUCCACCGAGAUGAACGACGAACUGGCCAAAAUCGGAGGCUUCCAAACCGAACUCCGGGGAAUGAUCGACGUCAAGGGCAAGGGUCUAAUGAAAACUUUCUGGCUAACCGGCAAGGAUGAAACCAUCCCGAAUCACCACGGAGAGGUGGCUUGGUACGCUGAUAUGCAGCCGGUUUACCCGAAGAUCGUCUAGAGCGUACAUCGAAUGGAGGGCGGAGCACCCAGGAUAAAUACAAAUUUAUUAACUCAUAUUGCAGAACAACAGACGACACACAAACGAACAAACCAUGACCGAAACAAUAGACACGAAACCAAAGCCUUAGAUUUUAGUUACAGUAGUGAUUAAGUUUAACAACUGCGUGGUGGGUCGCGAAUGGACUGCUUGAAUGUGUGAAAAUAACUGAAAUAUUUACACGUUAAAUUAACUGCUUUAGUGAGAUGGAUGGGCUUAGAUUAACUAAUUGUUCAAUUAACCAUAUACUCACUGUUCAAACAUCGGGCAGUUGUAUGAACAAAUAUCUGAAUGUUUUCUUGAUGGUACAUAGCGUGUAUGUGUUCUUCAUGUGAUAUUACUGAAAAAAUUUACCACCAAACUAUAGGUAAAUGUGACUCAGAAGGAAUGGAAAUAAAUGUAGAUAUAUUCGAA